AUGUCCGAUUACGCCAUCUAUAGCCCUGCGAUGGAGAACUGUCGAAAAUUCAUUGUGCGCAUGCGACCGGUUUUGGAAGGUCGGACUAGUGGUGAUAAUAUUGUUUUUACUAUUCGGGAUGGUGAGCAUGGCUUUGAUGGUGAUGUUCGAUAUGAAGAAACUUGGUUGCAGGAUAGCUUCACGGUUGCAGUAGGUACUUGGGUGGAGUAG